AUGUCAGAGACGGGUCUACGUUACGCGAUAGCACAAUACACAUUCGACGAUCCACUCCCAUCAAAUGAUAAUCUUCCUCGAUUGGAAUUAUUCAUCGGUGAUCGAAUUUGUGUUUACGGGCAACACGGAGAAUGGGGUUUCGGCCGGAAGUUCGACGAGAAGAACGGAAAAUGUGGAAUUUUCCCACUUUCCUAUGUACAAAUUGUUCAAAAAUCCAUGUUUGUGUCGACAAGCGACGGAUACCUCGUAGUGGAUGAGAUUUCGAGAAUAAUAAAUGAAUGGUGGACAAAGAUUAAAGAGCUGAUGCAGGAGGGUACGACUAUCGGGUCGUUCGAGGAUUUGAUGGAAUCGUUCAAUGAAUUAUUAAUUGUUAAAACAAAAAUUGAGAGUGGAGGGAUUCCAAUAGAAGAGUUGAGUAAAUUGAGACUUCGAGUGUCGAAAUUAGUUGAUCGAGGCAACACGAUACUUCAUUUGGAUGUGGUGAUUCGAGACGAUGAAGGCGUUCCAUUGGAUGUUGAAUCAUUAUCACUUUUAAGAACUUAUGAAGCACAUAUAUCAUCUCAGAAGCGAGUUGGAAGUUUAUUGCGCAGCAAACCUGAAAACGUAACUCUCAACGACAGUUUCUCCUUACUUCUUUCCAUCAAAUCCGUCGAACUUCACUGUAAAUAUUCGUGUGAAAUCAGUAUUACCUUAUAUGAUUUGGAGAAGAAAAUGUUUACUACUGACUGCUACACAUUUCUUUGGAAUGCUGGAAGCGGGAAGCACGCUGAUUUGAAUUUGAAGGCGUUGUUCACAGAUUUCGCCAAGGAAGACAUUCGAAAGAAGUAUUUGAUGGUGACACGUGUUGUACAUGUGGCGCCUAUUGAAUCAUCAAAUGCGACAAUGAGAAAACAUGGACAUGAAACUGUGGUACCGAAAAAUUUCUAUUGUCGGCAGUCGUACGCAUCUGAUAUUAUGGAAAUGUCAAGCAUUUUUCUCGCCGGAUUCAUUCACGAAGCAAAAGAACGUGUAAUCUUUUUGAAUCGCGAGACCGAACUCCCAAUAGCUCUGAAAUCAUACCACGCAACACAUCGAAUACCAAAGAAUUUAAGCAAUGAUAUGGAGACAAAACUGUUGAUCAGUACACAAUUAGUACCUGGGAAUGUGUCACAAAUCAAGGCUCGUCAUCCACAUUUAUUCAGUCGAUCUCCUGCUGUUAUUCUUCGAAGAGCGGAUAGAACUGCUGUUUCUAUUGAGGACACUCGAAAUGAAAUGUAUAUUACCUUAAUGCAAGCAGAAUUGUCUGGAAAAUCAUCUGAUAGAAAUAUCGAGGCACGUCUUCAUGUAGUUGAAUCGAAUGGAAAUGUAAUGGACAAUGUGUUCGAGACGAUUUCAGUGACAGGCUCACAACUAUCCACAGUUUACAAGAGUAUUGUAGUCUAUCAUACUGAUAAGCCGAUGUGGGCGGAACCAAUCAAAAUAGUUCUCCCAGCGAGUGCAUCUCAUGAUGUUUAUCUUCGAAUUCUAUUCUAUUCAAAGAAAUCAUAUGAUAAACCAAAGCCAGAGAAAGGACCAUUCGCAAUUGCUCAUCUUCAAUUAAUUCGAUCAGCCGGACUGGUUUGUGAUGGGGAACACGAUUUGGCCGUGUACAAAAUAGAUAACCCCGGUUCACAUUUCGAUGACUCAAAUGUCUCCUAUAUGAGUCUUCCGGCUACGAGAAGAACAGUCAAAGAAUCGAUUGGUAGCUCGAAACCACAUGCACAUGGAUUCUCGUUGAGUGAAAAGAGUUUCGCAUUGAUUUCCACUCAUUCUUGUUCAUCGAUGUUGACUCAAAACGAACAUCUUCUGAAUGUGCUCAGAUGGAGAAUGAAUUGUGUCAAUUUGACGCCUUCUCUGAUUGCAUUGGCUCAGCCGAUUGGUGAUACGGAACAUGAAAUGAUACGAUUCCUCAGUCAUCUUUUGGAUGCACUUUUUGAAAUUUGGCACGAUCGAGAAACGUCAGAGAAGAUUGUGUUUGAUGUAAUUGUAGCAGUUUUGAAGUUGUGUGAAGAGCCACGUCACUAUCCACAGGCAGCGAAAAUCUUCGAAGCUUAUCUGAAACGGUUCUCGUUUACUUCAGCAGCAUUAAAAAUCUUGAACUGCCUCAAUCAUUACGUCAUCUCAGACUCAGAAGAUUCCAACGAGAAAGCCCGAAACGCCUUUAAAGUGAUGGGACCUCUAUUCAAAGUGGUCGUUGUCUCCAAGAAAUGUGGCAUUCGAUUCCAGGAGUUCGAGGAUUUUGAGAAGACAUACAAGCAGUAUCUCCGAGAAUUCAUGAAGUCUCUUGUGAUGUUAAUGUCGGAGAAAAAGCAGAAAAUGACUGUUCAGAAUACUGCACUAAAGAAUAUUCCAACAAUAAUUGAUCUUCUCUAUGAGAGUGAUUCAGUUUCAGCAGAGAAUCUUUGUGGAUUCAUCGUGGAUUUGAUGAACAAUUUUGGAUGUAAUAUUGUGACGAGAGAACGAUUGAAUUUCAUUGCACAGAUUGUGGAGACCAAGUUUUUCUCGCUCGCAAUUUGUCGUGAACAACUUCUCUCGCCGUGCCUUCAAAAUGCUCUUCACAUUAUACAACUCGACAACAUGGCGAUCGAAAAAGGCGAAUUCGCUGAUCGUGCUGCCGAAUGCGCCAGUAUCAUUGCUGCGAUUCUAGAGAGACUUUUCUAUGAUGCGAAGAGUGGAGAGAGUGGCGAUCGAGAACUAACAUCAUUCAUUCUGAUGGUUUAUCGUCCACUGGUUCAAGCGAUGAUUCGAGUGAUUCAUGACGAUAAACAUACGGAUGAUGAUGCUCGUGGACACUUUUUCUCUGUAAUUCUGGCACUUUUGGAUAAAAUGUCUGCGCAGAUGUUCAGUGAAUAUGUUGAAGAACGGCCAUCGGAUAUAGACAAAAGAGAUUUUCUUAUGGAAAUGGUCCAAAUGAUUCGUGAUUUGUUGAAUCGAAACGCGUUCCCGUCGACUUGGAAAGAUAUGGUCAUGUUGCAGAAUAAAGUGAUCCACAAAUCGCUGCGAUUCGUCAUGUCGGCCGUGCAGACAUUCUUUUCGAAUGACAAGUUUUGUGCGGAGAUGUGGAGAGAGUAUAUGGUAACAGUCGUCUCGUUUGUCACUCAAGAAGGGUUGAAUUCGAAGCAUGAAUGGAUGAAAAAUGAGGAUGAAGACGUCAGAAUUCAGCUACGAAAAGCAGCGGCGAAGGAUUUGAGAAGCAUGUGGUUCAGAUUGAGUCCAUCUCAAAAGCUAAAUUACAUUCCAAGUAUGGUUGGAUCUUUCCUGAAAGUCUCUCUAGUCGAUGACGAUGAAACUCGUGAAGCCACAAUUCCAAUUUUCUUUGAUAUGAUGCAGACAGAAUACAAUACAAGUGCUAGUCGAUCAUUCAAAGAGUUCGCUUCUGAAUUAGUCUCUCAACUGGAUACAAAUGUUGAUCAACAAAGUGCGACGAAAGGAUUCAAAGAACAUUUCCGUCAACUAUCGAUAACUUUAUGUCAAUCGGAUAAAGAAUUAAUGGGAAAUGGUGGAGAAGAGUUGAUUGAACGCAUCGAUCGUCUUCUAACCGCUUUGAUUGAAUAUCAUGAAGUGGCAUCAAAGAGUUUGGUUGAAUGCGCGGAUAGUUUAAUGAGUAGGACGGUUCAGUUGAUGAGAUACUAUAAUCAAUACAACCAUGAAGAGCUCUACGUCAAGUACAUCUACAAAUUGUAUGAUCUUCAUAUCUCCUAUGGAAAUAAAAUUGAAGCAGCGAAGACGUUACUCCGGCAUGCAACGAUGCUUAAUUUCGAAGAUGAAGCUCUUCCUCCAUGGCUGAUAUCUCGAGUACUCAAUAGACACUGUCAAACUAAUCGUCAGCUAAAAGAAGAUUUGAUGCAAGAAGCUGGAGCGUUAUUCACGAAAGGAGAAGACUGGGAAGACGCGUUGAUUGUAUAUAAUCAAUUGAUUCCAGUCUAUCAAAGUAUUCUCAUUGAUUAUCACAAGUUGUCAGAAUUGUUGAAAAAGAUUGCCCAACUCUACACAUCGAUUGAUCGUACCGAACGUGCCUACUUCUAUUACUAUCUUGUCGCUUUCUAUGGUCAAGGAUUUCCUGCGUAUUUGAAUGGACACAAAUUUGUAUUCCGUAGUGAACAACUCGAAAUGCACGGAGAAUUCAUGCAACGAAUCAUGAAGAUGUACGAUAACCCCGAGAAAAUUAUGAAGACGGAUCCGUGUCCCCAUUUGGUCAGCUCACCGGGACGAUACAUUCAAGUAUUCAAUAUUGAUCCAAUUCCGACUGGAUGCUCUUUUGAUGAUAACCCAGCAGUGAAUCCGGCGAUUAAGAAGUAUUACAGACAUUAUAAUAUUCAAACUUUCGAAUAUUCAAAAGUCGAAGAUCGCAAAGAAACGAAAUGGACAUCAAUCGAUCCGUCUUCUGAAUUCAUGAGAAAUUGGCUAGUUCGAUGGAGAAUCAAGACAGCUGACAGUCUACCAACUGAUCUACGAUUCACUGAAGUCGUUGAAUCAGCCGAACCGAUUUAUGUCAGUCCGCUUCAAAAUGCUGUUGAACAGAUGAGAAAGAAGAAUAAGGAACUCAAUGAAACUGCGUCGAAUGCCGUUUAUAACCCAAAGUUCGAUCUGAAACUACUCUCUCGUGAUAUUCUCGGAGUGGUUAGUGCAGCUGUAAUGGGCGGAGUCAAGAAUUAUGAAGUUUUCUUUACGGAAGCGUGUCGAAACAUUUGCGAGUGCGGAGAACAGUCAAUAAUAAUGGAAUUGAGUUCUCUUAUAAUUGAACAAGUGGAAAUUCUGGAGUACUGUUGCUACGUGCAUGCGAGUCGAUGUGAAGGAGAAGCGAGAGCAAUCAAUGAUACGUUGGCAGAUGCUUUCGAGAGUCAUCGGAGAUAUGUGGAAGAGAAUUUCGGGAAAACGAGAUCUCGUCUUCCGUCGAAUGCAACUAUUCGAUUGUCGACGUAUGAAUCAGCAGAUGGAUCAUUCUCUGAUAUGAGUGGAAUGACUACAUUGAAAUCGACGAAAGCUGCAGCUCUCGGAAGUGCUGUAGCGAAUUUAUUGUCUUCGAAUAAGAGAACAAGUGGACCUGCUACUCCUGUUAAUUUGGCAAGUCGCUCCGCCCCUUCAUUUGACAACCUUUCCUCAAAACUUCGUUCUUCUCUGGCUAUUUCUUCGAGAAUGACUCCACCUCCAAGACCACCCAACCCAAUUUCCCCUGCGAAUCGUGGACCCUCUCCAGUCUACGAAGGAAUCAGAAUGCGAGCGCAUUAUCCACACCAACAAUCUACAGUAUCCCUAAAUCAAUCACUCAAUGCCCCGCCCCUCCCACCCCGGCCCGAUCUUGACCCAAAUCGGACAUUGAAACGAAAAAAUUAA